GAGACGGCGACUUCAGUUGAUUACCUGUCUUUUCUCUGUUAUCCGAUGGAUAUUCACUGUAAGGCAGACCCCUUCUCCUCCAUGCACCGGCACGGGGGAGUGAACCAGCUGGGCGGGAUGUUCGUGAACGGAAGGCCUUUACCUGACGUCGUGCGCCAGAGAAUCGUGGAGCUCGCGCAUCAAGGGGUCCGACCCUGUGACAUCUCCAGACAGCUGAGGGUCAGUCACGGCUGCGUCAGCAAGAUCCUGGGCAGAUAUUAUGAGACUGGCAGCAUAAAGCCUGGAGUCAUCGGAGGAUCCAAACCUAAAGUGGCCACGCCGAAGGUGGUGGAUAAAAUAGCGGACUAUAAGCGCCAGAAUCCCACCAUGUUCGCCUGGGAGAUCCGGGACAGGCUGCUGGCGGAUGGCAUCUGCGAUAACGACACCGUCCCCAGCGUCUCCUCCAUAAACAGGAUCAUUCGGACGAAGGUUCAGCAACCGUUUCACCCCUCACCAGAUGGCACGUCUCUUUCCACCCCAGGACACACUAUAGUCCCCAGUGCAGCAUCUCCUCCAGUCUCCAGUUCCUCCAAUGACCCUGUGGGCUCCUACUCAAUCAACGGCAUUCUGGGAAUCCCUCGCUCCAAUGGAGAAAAGAGGAAAAGAGAUGCUGACGGUUCUGAGGGUUCAGCGCAGAGCAGUGAUUCUCAGGGCAGCGUGGAGAGCCUGAGGAAACAUCUGCGAGCCGAUGCCUUCACCCAGCAGCAGUUAGAGGCCCUGGACCGAGUGUUCGAGAGGCCGGCGUUCCCAGACGUCUUUCCCACUUCUGAACACAUCAAACCGGAGCAGGCGACUGAAUACAGCCUCCCUGCAUUAAACGCAGGCCUGGAUGAAGUCAAACCCAGUUUAUCCUCCGGCACGACCUCUGACCUGGGCGUCAGCCUGUCACAGAGCUACCCUGUAGGUCGGGAUAUGGCCAACACAACCUUACCUGGAUAUCCACCUCACAUCCCUCCCACCGGACAGGGCAGCUACCCAACAUCCACACUGGCUGGAAUGGUUCCUGGGAGCGAAUUUUCAGGGAAUCCCUACAGCCAUCCACAGUACACAACCUACAAUGAAGCCUGGAGAUUCAGCAACCCAGCAAUACUGAUGCAUCCCGAGGCUCCGCGCCCCCAACUGCUGCCACUGCCUAUGACCGCCACUAGUUACCACGGAAACCAAAUUAGGCGGCACACCCAUGGACUCGGACUUCAUAUUCUGCCAGUGUGAGCAGUGCAGCUGAUUGGACAUCAUGCGGUCACAUGAUGAAGAACAGGCCAAUCAGGAACAAAAACAUCC